GCAUCUUGUUCAGAAAUUAUUAACCAAAAUCUAAGCCUGUUUGUCGAUAAAUAAAGCUGUUUAAACAAGCGUCUAUUGGAAUUUAUCUUAAUAUUGAAGCCUUUUGGUUAUGGCAUUCGUUUGAGGAUAAAAUUUAUCGGCAGAACGGGUUGUUUUCUGGCAAUUUGGUGCUGUAGGCGAAUUGUUACAUUUUUGUAUAGUACAAGUUUGAAGGACCAAAGAGGAAGUGUGUCAUUUUGCCUUGAAGUUUUGUCUGGAAAUGUACCAAAGACGCCGGUAAGAGUAUUAGAGUGUAAAUAUGAGCGGCCGAGACAUACCUUUAUGGAAACAAGAGCUUUUGAAGCGAAAGCAAGCGAAAUUAAGUCACGAAAAGUUAAUUUCAACACAAAAAUCGAACGAAUCGAGCUCAAAGACUCGAGUUAGCAAUGCUAUAAAAAGUAAUUCUAGUGCUUUCAAUCACCACUUAACUGACUCAGAAAAGGGUAAAACAAAUGUUUCGGAUAAAAAUAAUCGCGAUAUUGUCCAUAACACUAAAAAAGGGAGCUCAUAUAAUCGACAUAUUAUAUUGCCUGGCUCUGUUGACACGCGUCAAAGUCCUCAAUCAAGUGGCAAUGUCAAGUCUGUGAUAUCAAGUGUGGAUACUGGACCAAGCCGGCUAGAAAGAUUUGAAGAUAAACCGAGUAGGAAUAUAGGAAUUUACAAUAAAAAUUAUGGUGCAAGUGGGAGCUAUAGUAUGCCUGGAAUGCCACAACACAACAGGGUGCAUCACAAAAACGACGAAAGGUCGAAUAAAACAACAGAUAACAGUAAAACAGAUAGACUGAGCAAUCCGGCCAUUGGACAAGGAGUCGAACGCGACCACAUCAGCCCGCGAGACGUCAAAAAGAUGUGGCAGCUUCAAGCUACAAAAGAUGAAACCUUGCCGAAAAGCCAUGUUACCAAAAACCCUGCCUUGACCAAACAUGACCCACACCCUCCUAACAAUGAACUACCAACUCAGAUUAACACCCAAGCGGGGUCCAAUCCCACCUCGGUUCCUAAGGCUUACAAAUCACCAUAUGCAAAAGCAAAUUGGCGUCGACCAGCGUCGGUUAGUGAUGAAAAAUCGGUCAAAACCAACACGACAUCACAAGCAGUUCAAAAAAAUGAAGUCAAGUCGCAUACUGUUAAAUCACCAAUAAGCAAUGGUAUGGCUAAUGAUAAUGAACAUGGAACAGGAGAAGAUGGCGUCGAACAUAUUCAAAGUGUCAAGUCGUUACUUGGGUUGUUUGGCGGAAGGGCGAGGCCGAACAUUAAUCGAAAAGUCAGCGACAAUGUUUUGGCGAGUAACAAAAGUGGCAAGGACUAUCGUACUUCUGAAAUUAAGACAUCGUCAAGUAAGAAACCUGGUCUUUUUAAGCAUCAUUCUGAACCAAAUCUAUUCCUCCAUACUAAUAACGACGUCAUUAGAGACAUGCCAACUAGUCCUAAAAAGUCGCCGACAGCCGAGGUAGUUGUCGAGGACGCUGCCCUACCCUCUCACCACGUCUCGCAAGGCAUCAAAGAACGAAUGACAAGAUUACGGAGAGCAUCCCAUUCUAACAUGGAAGACAUGGAAGGUUUCGUUGAGUACCAAAAUGGGUUGAACAAUGACUCUGAGACAAUACAUGUCACGAAAAACAAUGAAUCGCAACAGAAUCAACUCAAUCGAAAGCAAAGUCCACAAGAGAAAGAUAUUCCUGAAAAAAUAUCUGUAAGUAAAAUAGAAAACAAUAAGCAAUCGACAAUUCCAAAACAAAGCAAUGUUCCCGAAAAUGGUUCUAGGCUAGAUAGCAAUAAGCAAUCUGUUGUAAGAACACCCAUGGACAAUCAGAAUCGAGAAGGUCCAUUUACAGGUAACAGUGUUACAAACAGUACUCAAAAACAAAACACUCGAAAAAAAGAUAGUCUUCAUGACAAUUAUUCUAGACUAGACAACAGUACGCAAGACGCUGUUAAAACUUCGGUCGGCAAGCAGAACCGACAAGAUUUGUAUAAUAACGUUAAAAAAACAGCUGUGCAAAGUGACAAUGAAAAGCCGAGAUUAUCCUGUAGUGUAAAUAGUAAUAAUAGACUCACAAGUCCAGUUAACCAUGCUCCAAACAGCAUUGAAAAGCACGAUAAUACUGCCCAAAACAGUAUUACCGAAAUCAAGAAUGAAGUGCAUGAUCAAAAUUCAUCCGAACAAUUGUCUGAUAACCUAUUGCCGGUGUUCGAAUCUGGAAGUCCUAAAAAACCAGCAAUCAGGCUGGACUUGACUGACACAAACGAACAUAAAUCCAAGCACAAAUACCAGAGCAAACAAAAUAAUUAUGCUGUUGAAAUUGACCAAUCAGGUUCUGGCUUACAUAAUGAUGUUGUGUCAACGAAGUGCUUAACCGAGAUUAAGCAAAUCAAACAAGAAGCACAACCGGUUAUUAAAAACAAGGAAACAGUCGAGGAUAAACCGACCAAGAAGCCCCGAAGAAAGGGCCUAAAUGUUGUCGAUCCUUUGGCAGUAUUACAGCUCACAAAAGAUCCGAUUUUAUUAAAAGAAAAACCAGCAGAAGCUGAGCUUGGUAUAUUCAAACAGUCGCCCACUGGUAAAGUUGAAAUAAUCAAAAACGAACCGGAUAAGAAGAAUCAAAUUGCACAAAUCAAUCGGGCUUGGGACCUCGAUAAUAGCAAGCCAAUUUUGAAACAAAACAAUGUAGGUCAUAAAAAUAUGCCUGCUUCUACCAUACAAGGUUCACCUAUGACACCUCAUAGUGUUCCUGUUUCCUCAGUUGACGAAAUUCCAGUUUCGGUAAUCGACGAUUUUACUUCUAACAAGUUGAAUGCAGCUGUGCAACCGAAACCUAACGUACACAGUGAUGGUGUAAAAAUUGGUAAUACAACAUUUUAUGAUGGUACUUUAUCAUUGGGAAAUGGUAACGUUGAGACAGCACUCCCAGAAAGCGACGAAGAAUUUAUACCUGUAUCGUCAAUUGAUUCCGAAGCUGAUUUAGGACCACCACCUGAGAUUAUCUUUGACAAAAUGCCAAAGAAUUUGAAGUCAUCUUUUGCACAGAAUGGAAAGGUAUUCAUUUUUGUUAUUUUUUAUGUAUUCUAAGCUUGUUCAUGUGAGCCUGGCUAUAGCCGGGAUGACAAGUUCAAACAUAUUAAAAUUCGAUUACAUUGAGUGUUUUAAGCCCCGUUUACUCGAGCAAAUUUUAUUUGACAAAUUUCAUUUGAUCAAAAGCUACCAUGCUAGCUUUUGUUCAAAUGCAUUUGUCACAAUAGAUUUGUCACAAAUUUAUCACUACACAAGCAAAAUAAAUUGACAUAUGAAAGUUGCCAAAUAAAAUUUGCUCGUGUAAACUGGGCUAUAGCCGGGCUUGAUUUCAACUUGUUUAACUGGGCUAAAAAAAUUUCUCUAUUACACAGAGAAUUUUAACCUGAGCCGCGGAAAUGUUAUCUUACGUACUUUACUUUAUUUUUUCACUCUGUCUAACACCAGAUGAUUUUACUCAUUAACCCAUUGAGUGGCAGCACUGUCCCCCUGAUGAGUAAAAUCGUCUGGCAUUAGACAGAGUAAAAUAAUAAAGUAGGGUGCAUCUGGGCACAUUGCCACUUAAAGGGUUAAGGGGAAUUCUGGCGCCCAAGCAGUGGCGUAACGUUAUAUCAGGGGGCCCCCAGUUCCAAAUUUUCGAAGGCCCCCUAGUAGAAGUGCCAAAGGCACGAGUCGAGCGCCGUAUAUGCACAAGUUUUCUGGGGGGUCCAGGGCAUGCUCACCCGGAAAAUGUUUGAAUCUAGACUCUCUGAAAUGCCAUUUCCCGGACUUUGGGGAGAGAUUUUACAGAACUCUGAUGGUCAGAAAACGACAUUGUGACAUAUCAGAGGACCUGGCCAAGGUUUUUGCGCUACAGCCUGAGCCUGGGGGCCCCCAUUUGGCCCAUUGGGGUUGGAGGCCCCCGGGUUUACCCGGUCUGAACCCAUAGUAGUUAUGCCACUGUGCCCAAGAUAUAUACUAAGAACAUAUUAUUCUUUUCAGAAACGAGGAAAAAUUUCAUUCUUUGAACAUGUGUUCAUACACGACUACCAAUCAGAAACAGCUGCGACAUCUGAUUGGGACUUCGAAAAUGGAACGUCAUUUAGUUCUUACACUCCUGCGGCAGUGAAACAAUACGAAGACGUGAGUAAGUCGUAUAGUGCCGAACCUACCCCCGUGCCCCAACCCGUAAUCCCACCUACUCCUGUGGAGGAAACUCGGUAUGAUGAACCAGUGAUAACUUAUAAUGAGGAGGAAUCUGUAGACUUCACAGAGUCUAGUGAUAGUACAGCUGGGGCAUUGCUGUUUUAAGUUGCCAACUGCAAAUUUGUGCAGUAAAUUAUAUUUUAUUAUUACCAGAAUUCGGUUUAAAUAAUUUGCCAACAUUUCACAAAAAUUAGGGGUGCUAAUUUAGUUCAUCAAUUUCUGUUUCUGCAAAUUUAAAUUUUGGAAAUUUUUUUGGCUUAAAUUUCUUUCAAAUUCGGUUAAACAUAGGUUUUCAUGGCAUGGUUUUCAUAUUUGUGCAUGUUUAUUGUGAUAGGUAACAGUUUAAAAGUUUGGGAAAGGGCGUCCCCUUCGCCCCCUCCCCGCCAUAGUGUCCGCGUGUUGCAUUGAAAAUCUGUCAAAUUUCAAAAUAUUUUCCAAUGCCAGAAAAAAAACUUUAAAAUCCAAACGUUUACAUUUGUAUGACUGUUUGAUAUUUUGGGUUUCAGAGAAACCCUGAAAAAUUUAGGUGUUGACAUUUGUGUCAAAAUUAAUACGUUGACAUUAAUCAACUGAUAUUUAUAUUGAAUAACAUUAAUUAAUAAUAUAAGUAAUAAACAAGUAAUAGUGAUUGUAUAAAAAAUACAACUAAAAAUAAAAUGGCACAAUAAUUUAUGCUCUAGUAUAACAUAGUUAUUGCAUUAUUUAACUCAGUUUGUUAAAGUUUUAGUUAUAAAUGCCUUAGAGUCCAGGAUUCAAAAUAACGGCCGGUCAACGGACAACGUAGUAACCUACCGGCCAAAAAUGCCUCUUCACCGGUCACAUUUUCAUGCCUUCCAUGUGAUUGCUGACGUCUUGAAUUAAAACAUGAAAUGAUGAAACUAUGAUGUAUCGAAACAAAUUUCUAAUAGUUUGUUUCACUGAUAGUGUAAGCGUAUCAAUCACCGAUCAAAAACAGAUUUUGAACGAGCUAAAAUCAAGUUGACUGGAGACCCAUCUCCCGUUAUUUUGAGCCCUGGCAUUAGCAUCGCAUAAUUGUGUAAAGCAGUAUUUGAAAUAAUAAACUCAUAUUUAUAGUUAUAGAAAUUAGCCAAUAUUAACAAUAAGUUAUUCCGAUGGCACCGAUGAAAAACGUUAUCGGUGCCGUCGUUCGCUAUUGAUGAUUUUUGACGUAAUAUCUUUGGUAUUCAGUGAGAUUCAUUAAGCGUUAAAAAAAGGCAAGUUGUUACAGGUCUGCAAACAAGUUGUUACAAAUCUGUUCACAAGCUGUCGACAAGUUGUGUUCGCACUGCUUGUUCCCAGUUGUUGUAACAAGUUGGAACAAGCUGUUAACAACUUUUAACAAGUUUCAUGGCAUUAUCAGACUUGUAGCAAAGUUGUUCUAACAAGUCUGAUACAGUCAUAAUAUAACAAGAAUGUUACAACGUUGACGACACAAGGUUGUAACAAUAUUGUUGUAUCAUGACUGUUAUCGGACUUGUUGGAUCAACCUUGGAACAAGUCUGAUAAUAUCAACAAGAUUGUUACAAGUUGUUAACAGCUUGUUCCAAACUUGUUGACAACUUGAGACGAGCAGUGCGGACACAACUUGUUGGCAGACUUGUUACAAGAUGUGAGAUUUUUACGCGUGCCACAAAGCUUGAGAGUUGCCACUUGCCAGUCACGCGAUCUGGGUUAGCUGUUCUUGAUGCUUUCCUAACCCUAUCAAGUAUUUUAUUUAAGUUAAUGUGGUUAGCACACUCGGACCUUAAUUUUGUUAAUCUGGAGUUUCAACUCGUUUGAAGAAAUGAAUUAACAUAUUUUCUCACUCUAAUAAUUUCUGCUUGACCAGCAGCUGCUGUUUGGUAUAGCGCUUAAUGAAAUCCACCAAUACUACGACUCGAUAUGAUAAACAAUGUACACAAACUGUACAUGAUAAGACACUGUAUUUUGUAAUUUAGUUUAAUGACGGCUUAAUGGCUGCGGUUUAUUUAAUUAGGAAAUAAUUGCCAAUUAACAAAUUUAUUAACUAAACCGAGUAUUGAUUCUUCUACCGUAAAAGCGACUAGAAUGCAGGGGCGAAAGGCGG